AUGGUCGUCGGUGCGUUUCCUCUCGACAACAAAAUCGCCGUCGUAACAGGCGGCGGUUCCGGCAUCAACCUCUCCUUCGCCAAACUCCUCCUCUCAUCCCCCGGAACGAAGGCUCUCAUCUGCGACUUGAAACUCACGUCCGAAGCCGAAGAACUCGCCCAACACAAUCCGGACAGACUCGCUUUCAUGCGCUGCGAUGUCUCCAACUGGAACGACUUGACUUCCAUCCCCUCGCAGGUUUCCAAAGCUUUCGGACAAGGGGCAGUGGCGGAUAUCUGGAUUGCCGGCGCGGGAGUGUUCGAGCCGAGGUGGAGUUCUUUCCUCUACGAUGAGGAGGAAGAUGGGUACAAGGUGAUGCGGAUCAACGCCGAACACCCGAUUAAACUGACGCGGAUUGCCACGCGUUCCCUCCUGCGCGCGAACAAACCCGGUGUGGUCCUGCUCGUCGCUUCGGUCGCUGGGCUCACGGGGGAAUAUCGGGCCGCGCUGUAUUGUGCUUCGAAGCAUGCGGUGGUGGGGUUCACCAAGUCCAUGGCUCAGGCCGACGUGGAUGAGAAUGUCAAAGUUGUGUGUAUCUGUCCCGGCGUCGUGAGCACGCCUCUGUGGACGGGUGAUGAAGCGAAGGAUGUUGCGGCGCAGUUCCAGUAUAAAGACGAAGCGGGGAUUGGGCCCGAAGAGAUUGCGUUGGCGAUGAAGGAAAUGGUGGAAGGGGAGGAAUAUGCUGGCGGCAGUUUGUUAAAGGUUGCAAAGGGGAAUUUGAGGGAGAAAUUGGAUAGUCAACGGGCUUAUGAUACGACGAAGCCGGAGAUGAAAGCUUGGGCGGAUGUGUGCUAUCAGCCUAUUAGGGAGGUCUUUGGGCGGGAGAGGAAUGGUGGAUAG